AUGGCCACGGCACCGCUAAACCUCCCGCGGCACACCUGCAGCCCCACAGCCCUGCUGGGCAGCGAGCUCCCUGCCCACACCUGUACCAUCUACUGGCCCUGGUUCUCACCCUACAGGUACUUCAUGGGCACCAAAGGAGCUGCCCAGCAGCACCUGGGCAGCCCCUCCAGCUUGGCCACCAGCACCUGGGAGACUGAGGAGCCCAGUGACCUCUUGGAGAUUGUCUGCUCCUCAGACAAGCUCCAGCUCCCUGAGAGGGACAGGUUGGCCAGCGGCAGAGCCAGCAUCACUGUCCAGGGCAUCCUCACUGCUUCCCAGUGGCAGCCGGUGCCCCAGUACAGCUACCCGUGCAUGCCAUGCUGCUGUGUCUUCCCAACACUGUGGUCAGUCAAGACCCACACCCAGCACGGCUCCCAAGAGGGCUACAGCUGCAAGGGGUACUACCGCAGGCUCAAGGGCCUGUGGGAGAAGGAGCAUAAGGAGCAGGAGGCUGCAGCUCCCAGGGUGCCUGUGUAG